CUCCCUCUCCCUCCCUUCCCUUCAGUUAUGGCGAGUCCGCCGCCGGAGCCCAGCGCCGAGAGCUUCUCGGACGUGAGGAAGGUGGGCUACUUGAGGAAACCCAAGAGCAUGCACAAGAGGUUCUUCGUGCUGCGGGCGCCGAGCGAGCAGGGGCCGGCCCGGCUGGAGUACUACGAGAACGAGAAGAAAUGGAGGCACAAGGCGAGUGCCCCGAAGCGCUCGAUCCACCUGGACUGCUGCUUCAACAUCAACAAGAGGGCCGACUCGAAGAACAAGCACCUGGUGGCUCUCUACACCAAGGACGAGUACUUCGCCAUCGCCACCGACUGCGAGGGCGAGCAGGAAAGUUGGUACCAGGCGCUGGUCGAGCUCCACAACAAGGGCAAGUCCCCGAGGCCGGGGUCGGGAGCGAUCGGGAACGGGACGGUGGCGGGACGGCCGCCAACGUGGUCGUCGUCGGCGGCGGCGGCGGGCCUCGGCGCGGGAGAAGAAAACUACGGAGAGCUGAAUCCGGGGCCGGCUUUCAAAGAAGUUUGGCAAGUGGUCCUCAAGCCCAAGGGCUUGGGACAGACCAAGAACCUGGUCGGGAUUUACAGGUUGUGUUUGACCAACAAGACCAUCAGUUUGGUGAAGCUCAACUCGGAUGCUGCGGCCGUGGUCCUGCAGCUCAUGAACAUCCGCAGAUGUGGACAUUCAGAAAAUUUCUUCUUCAUUGAGGUGGGCAGAUCCGCCGUGACCGGACCCGGAGAGUUUUGGAUGCAGGUGGAUGAUUCUGUGGUGGCUCAGAACAUGCACGAAACCAUCCUGGAAGCCAUGAAGGCCAUGAGUGAGGAAUUUCGACCACGGAGCAAAAGUCAGUCGUCUUCCAGUUCCAACCCGAUCUCGGUGCCUCUGAGGAGACAUCUGAACAACCCGCCCCCGAGCCAGGUUGGAUUGAGCCGGAGGUCCAGGACCGAGAGCAUCACUGCCACCUCACCUGCUGGUAAACACAACUCGUUCCGGGUACGAGCUUCCAGUGAUGGCGAAGGCACCAUGUCCAGACCCGCCUCUGUUGACGGCAGUCCAGUUAGCCCCAGUGCCACAAGGACACAUUCUCACCGUCACCGAGGUAGUUCUAGGCUGCAUCCUCCUCUCAAUCACAGCAGAUCUAUUCCUAUGCCAUCCACGCGUUGUUCCCCUUCAGCCACGAGUCCAGUUAGUUUAUCAUCCAGCAGCACUAGUGGUCAUGGAUCCACUUCUGACAGCCUUUUUCCUAGGCGCUCCAGCGCAUCCAUCUCAGGAUCUCCCAGUGAUGGGGGAUUUAUUUCUUCAGAUGAGUAUGGAUCCAGUCCGUGUGACUUCAGAAAUUCCUUCAGAAGCGUCACUCCAGAUUCCUUGGGACAUACUCCCCCUGCCAAAGAGGAGCAGGACUUAAAUAAUUACAUCUGCAUGGGGAAGCAUUCGAACAUGGUGCCAAAUGGUCACUACUACAGGGGCAGUCAAAGGUGGACUCCAACUAAAAUUGAAGAGGCCGAUUCAGAAAAAGGAUUGAGGAAGAGGAUGCAUUCGGCAGGUACUUCACCCCCCACAGUGGCACACCAGAAGACCCCUUCCCAAUCUUCUGCAUCAUUAGAAGAGUAUACAGAGAUGACCCCAUGUUUCCCUGGCAGCCGUUUAUCAUCCUGCAAAAAUUCUGCUUUUGUACCCACUCAUUCGUACCCCGAGGAGUGUUUAGAUCUUCACCUGGGAGAAGGCAAUCGCUUUAGUCAAGUGGAUGAUGGUUACAUGCCCAUGUCACCUGGAGUAGCCCCUGUGCCUAAUAAAAAUGACUACAUGCCAAUGAGUCCGAAAAGUGUGUCUGCUCCACAACAGAUUAUUAAUCCACGGCAGCACUCCCGAAUAGAUUCAAAUGGUUACAUGAUGAUGUCACCUAGUGGUAGUUGCUCUCCGGAAAAUGUGAACUAUGGAAAAAUAUGGACCAACGGAGGGAAUUCUAAACUUUCAGUGGAGAGCAAUGAUGGGAAACUGUCCUGUAGCGAUUACAUUAACAUGUCUCCUGCAAGUGGUUCGACUACAAGCACUCCACCAGACUGCUUCUUCAAUCCAGUGGAAGAGCCUCCCAAACCAGUUUAUUCCUACUUUUCUCUGCCUCGUUCUUUUAAGCAUGUGAACAGAAAAUCCGAGGAGUCACGGUUACGAAUUUGUGUCAGUUCAGUUCGCCUGCUCCAUGCAGAGGAUUCUUCCUCUUCCACAAGUAGUGACAGUAUAGGAGGGCAUGAUGCUGCGCAUCAGGCAGCAAACUCUCUUAAAAGGGAAGCCUGCCUACAGAAGAAAGGUAAACUUGUACGGCCCACAAGACUGUCGCUUGAUAACACUAAGGCGAGCACGCUCCCCAGGACACGAGAGCAUCCCCUUCCACCAGAACCUAAAAGCCCAGGUGAAUAUGUAAAUAUUGAGUUUAGUGACAAAACCUAUUCUUCCAGUUCAUUGUCGCUCAUUGAGUCCACUGCAGUCACAGGCAGCCAUCCUGUUCGACAAAGGCCAUACAUGUCUGAGUACAUGAACAUGAAUUUAAGAAGGGAUCUGCCCAAAUUUAGUUACGUAACAAAACCUUCAGUAGACAUCCCAGUCUCUGGUGCCGUCUGCACCUCCAGCACCUGGAGAACAGACAGAGGACAGGCAAACUGUGAUUAUGUGAGCAUGCAGCUUCCUGUCACCUUGGCUGACUACUCAGAGACGCCGAUCAUGAGCAACUAUGCCGAGAUGACAGUCGGUGGAGGUACAACAUCUUCGAAGUCUGUACUACCUCAGCAAGAAACCAACACGCUGAACAGUGUUCCAAACGCAGCAUGUGCAAGUCUGAUGGACCAGAUUUCAGGGAGGAGUGCCUUCACUGUACUAAAUCUCAGCCCCAAUCGCAACCAAGGUGCCAAAGUUAUCCGUGUUGAUCCUCAAGGAAGAAGACGGCACAGUUCAGAGACUUUUACUUCUACGGCCAAGGUGCCUGGUGUGACUCAGUCUUAUGCAGAUCAUGUGAAGCGACAUAGCUCUGUGUCCUUUGAGAACGUGUGGCUUAACAAACCAGGGGAGCCUCUGGCUUCUGCCAGCAAAGAACAACUAAGCACUACGGUUCAGAACAGCUCAACAGCCUUCGAAAACGGUAUGAAUUACAUUGAUUUGGACUUGGUCAAGGAUUUUAACAACCCAGAGUGGACCUCCUCACAGCCUCUAACCUCUCAUCAACCUCAUGCAAGUACCUCUGGUGAUGAAGAUCUGAGUGCAUACGCAAGCAUCACCUUCCAGAAGCCAGAUGAGUUAAGAAGCAAUCCUGUAGAAAGGGAAGAAUGAUGACUCCCUCCCUAUCCCUUGGCAAGCCUUGCAUGGACUUAAUGAGUACCCAGGCUUUGAAUCCUCUGUACAGUUACAACCAGGACCUCACUCCCUUUCAUGCAACUGAUGGUACGACACAUCAAGAUCACUCCGGUUUGCUGUAAGAAACCUCAGGACUUAGUUGUUUGACUGGACUGCAUGUUCACACGCUUGUGUGAGUGUGUGUGUGUGUGUGUGUGUAUGUGUGGAUGUGUGUGGGGCACACAGCGUGCACUUGUGACAUGCACUGCAGAAAAUCUGCUUCUUCCCCCUUCCUGGCAAUCCUCAUCAGCACAUUCUACUUCAGACUUCAACUGUCUCAGUAAACGGAUAUUAAAACACUGUGAGCAAUGCAAACUCAGAGAUACCUAACCUGGACUGUAACACACACAUACAAUGAGUAUGUUACAUUAAUCUUGACUUUCACUUGCUGCUGAAAAUAUUAAGGAUUUUCGCUGUAAAUUAUUAAAUAUAGAAAUUGAUUUUUAAAAAGUUGCUAAUGUUUGGAAAAUACAAAAUAAUAUUUAACAUUUUCAGUUCCUUUAUAUCGUUACGUUUUUUGAACUGAUUUUUUUUAACUCACAUCCAUUAUUGAUGUGUCUGGAGGUAACCUUUCUGCUUUGUUCUAAACAGGCAAAUUUUGCUUAAAACUUGUGAAUAUGCGCAAUAAGAAUAGAUUACGAUCCUAUUCUUGGAUGCAAGCUGUUGUUUAUAAAUAGCAUAAUCUUGAAGUUAGGCCUUGGUGUACAGUCCCAUUCACUGAUACCGUUACAGUACCUGUAACAUAAUCCUGCUGUUUGUUCAGUUGUUUCCACAAUAAUUUUAUACUCUUGUAUUUUAUGUGAGAUGAUAUAUUACAGUCAGGAGAUGAUGACUUUACUGUACAUGGUACUUAAUGAACAUCAGUGGAACUUGAAUCCAUAGUUUAAAAAAAAUCAAAUUCAGUCUUCCUUUAUGUAUAUAAUGUAAAUGGGCAUUGUAUACAGACAAGACCUGCCCUGGAUUAGACAAUGUGGUGUUUGUAAAUUCUGGAAGCUUUUUUUCUUUUCCUCCCCCUGUAAGUAAUAAACUAGGAAAUGAUUAAAUUUUCCAUGUUG